AUGGCGCGUGUUACUAAGCAAAUCCUUCGCCUCUUCAAUAAACUCAAACGAAGAAACAAAGUCUCAUCUCUCGACGAAGCGAAGAAGAAGAAGAAGAAGAAGAAGAAGCUUCACUUAGUCCUUGAUUUGGACCACACGCUUCUCCACACGGUUAUUGUUUCACAGCUCUCUCAGAAAGAAAAGUAUCUAAUCGAAGAAGUCGAUUCAAGGGAAGAUCUAUGGAGUUUCGACGACAACGAGCUAUUGAUAAAGUUAAGACCUUUUGUUCGUGAGUUUCUACAAGAAGCCAAUAAACUCUUCUACUUGUACGUUUACACGAUGGGCAAUCGCGAUUACGCCAAGACAGUGUUGAGUUUGAUUGAUCCGGAGAACAUAUACUUUGGAGAUCGAGUGAUCACGAGAGAUGAGAGUCCUUAUAAGAAGACGCUUAACCUUCUUGUGGCUGAUAAGCGUAGAGUGGUGAUUGUUGAUGAUACGAGAGAUGUUUGGCCUCACCACAAGAGAAACUUGGUGGAGAUCAAAAUUUUCCUGCAGCUGGAGUUUCGUCCUCUUGGGUUAUUGUCUCAGACUCAGAUGGUUCCUCCCUCUUCGUCAGGUGGCAGCAAACCUUGUUUUGCGUGCAACUUCACAAACUGUUUGCUUCGAGCUAAUCUGAUUGGGAACAGCAAGAGGAACAAGCCAAAUGCCCAUUCUCACACUGGGAGAAUUGUUCAGCUGUUUGAGAAUAACACUUAUUCCGUUGUCAACAUAUUUGAUGUCACAUUAUGGCCUCAAGUGUGGUUGAGUUGUAUAUAUCUUCUAUUGGCAAUGCCCUUUCAAGAAAUCCUGAAGGUAGAAGCACCUGAAGCUCUCCUGAAACCGAUAAGAGUUGGACAAUCAAAUUCUCUGAAAGUUGACCAUACACUUACGCUGGAGUUUCGUCCUCUUGGGUUAUUGUCUCAGACUCAGAUGGUUCCUCCCUCUUCGUCAGGUGGCAGCAAACCUUGUUUUGCGUGCAACUUCACAAACUGUUUGCUUCGAGCUAAUCUGAUUGGGAACAGCAAGAGGAACAAGCCAAAUGCCCAUUCUCACACUGGGAGAAUUGUUCAGCUGUUUGAGAAUAACACUUAUUCCGUUGUCAACAUAUUUGAUGUCACAUUAUGGCCUCAAGUGUGGUUGAGUUGUAUAUAUCUUCUAUUGGCAAUGCCCUUUCAAGAAAUCCUGAAGGUAGAAGCACCUGAAGCUCUCCUGAAACCGAUAAGAGUUGGACAAUCAAAUUCUCUGAAAGUUGACCAUACACUUACGGUUGGUGUCAUCAGUGGUCUUAACCGCGACAUUUUGAGCCAAACCGGAGUUACGAUUGGUGGUGGGAUUCAAACCGAUGCAGCCACUAACCCGGGGAAAUAGGUAAACACUAAACAUUGCAGUGGAGGUCCUCUGCUCGAUAACUUAAUUGGGAUCAACACAGACAGGUGCUGCGAGCUGGUAUUGACAUAGAAUUAGCCCCUGAUUCAGUAGCUAAUCAACUCAAUGUUCGUAAUGGAGCUCUAGUACUUGAGUGCCAGCAAUGUGGAUUUCUGCACAUGGCUAAGACUUGGAAGCACGCUGCACGUAGCAAAUUUCAUUUUUUAAUAAUUUACAAGCUUUUUCUAGUAUCUUUUGUAAGCUUAGUUGACAUGAACCGUAAGAUGUUGAAACAUCUACAUCAGUAGUGGAGAGAUCUUUUCUUGAAUGGCUCUUUGAAUUACUGAAGAUAGAAACUUGAUCUUUAAUUAGGAGCUUAAGCCUUCUCUCCCAUUUCUCAUAGACCUCACUAUGAGUGUUGUGUUUCUUUGUAAUGGAGCAAAGACAACUAUUUAUAUGAGAAGAGAGCACUAAUUCAUUCCUCAUUAGGAUUUUGCCAUGAAUUCAAUAUCAACCAUCCAUCAAAGUAGAAAUAAAAGAAUUGGUGACAAGUGUGUGGACAAAUGUCUAAGCAGUGGUUCUUUAGCAUUGCAUGAGAGAAUAGCUUAACACUUAUUUGUCUUGAUCUCCAAGCUAUUCAUAGCUUUCUCUCCAAGCUAUUCAUAGCUUUCUCUCCAAGCUAUUAACCUAAGCAUGACUAGGGAUGAAUAUUUAUAUAUACCUACUUAUUACAAAAUAUAUUUCUUACAUCUUGCCAUUAUUAGUACAGAUUUUGUUGACAGAAUCAUCUAUGAGGAUCGCCUGCUUAAUUAUUUGACAAGAAACAGGUAGCGUUGAUUUUGAGAAGAGAGCACUUCAUUCCUCAUUAGGAUUUUGCCAUGAAUUCAAUAUCACCCAUCCAUCAAAGUAAAAAUAAAAGCAUUGGUGACAAGUGGGUGGACACAUGUCUAAGCAAUGGUUCUUUAGCAUUGCAUGAGAGAAUAGCUUAACUUUUAAGUAAAUAGCUUUAUCACUUAUUUGUCUUGAUCUCCAAGCUAUUCAUAGCUUUCUCUCCAAGCUAUUAACCUAAGCAUGACUAGGGAUGAAAAUAUAGUUAUUACAAAAUGUAUUUCUUACAUCUUGCCAUUAUUAGUAAAGAUUUUGUUGACAGAAUCAUUUAUAAGGAUCGCCUGCUUAAUUAUUUGACAAGAAACAGGUAGCAUUGACGAAGAUCCACGUUGUAAGGAAGAAUCCACGUUCCACAUGUAGAGUUGGAAAAGGAGUAAAGAAAAGAGUAUUGAACCCAUUAUGUUUCCUAUACGUUAGCAAUCUUUUUCAAUACAGCAACACAAAGCAAGAAAUCAGAAAGAUAACAGAAACACACACAAACAAAAAAAAAAAAGAAAAAGAAAGAAAGAUCAAAGAUGAAGCGUGCAGUGACAUUCCAGUUGAUCAAAUGCUUCCUUGUUGUUGCCAUAACGGCAUCUGCUGUCUAUGGAGAGAAGGAAGCAGUGCUUGACUUUGAAGGGAAUCCAGUGAAGGCAAACGCUACGUAUCAAGUCGGGCGCAGGGGGAUAUCAGGUGGCGUGCUACUACCUUACAAAUUAAAAGAUGAAUGCUCAGAAGGGCGUGGCAUUGUUCACAAACAGGAGACCCACCAGUUUUAAUGGUAUCGUAGUUGUGUUUGUCUCGUCAUCAGAUGUGGUACGUGUAUCGACCCAACUUAAAAAAUUCGCUUCAGGGAUAUUUCCACUUCGCCAAUCCUGGCGCCGUGCUCCUACGAUGAUUCCGAGUAUUGGAGAGUAGGUCAGAGUGACUCAGGCUACGAAGAUCUAGUCAUCGUUGGGGGAGUAUCCAUGGGGGAUCUGUUCCCUGGGGAGUCGAGCAAUGAGAGAAUUUUCACCAUCGAGAAAUCUAACAAACUGUACAAGUUUGCCUCCGGCGGUGUAGAUAUCGGGUUAGAAAAAGAAAGCUUGGGUAAGAAGAAGCUGAGGUUGUUGAAGGAUUCUGACCACUUGGCUGAGUUCGCUUUCUUCCCGAGGCAUGUUAAGCUCUUGUCUUGUGUUUAUUUUCAUGUAAUGUUUUCAUUUCAAACAAAAAAAAUCUUUUUGUUGUCGUUUUAUUUUUAUUUCUAAAUCAACACAACAAUAACACUAAAGUCUCUUCAUGGCUUGACAC